CCCACGGUUAGGGGGCGAUCUUCUGAACAUGCAGGGCGACGUUGAUGUGCCUUUGCACAGAAUGAUGGGAAACUGGAGGUCCUGUUUGUCGAAGGCAUGGUGUUACGGAAAGUGAAAUCGGCUGCUGUUCUUUCCUCCAUUCCUCUACAGAUAGUUUUCUACUUCAAUGUGUUUUAUUAUUCUUUUUAUUUUCUUGCCACGUUGCUAAUGAUUAUCUACAAAAGUCAGGUAUUCAGUUUUCCAGAUGGUUACCUGGCGGUUGAUCUGAUUCUUCUGAUUCUCAUGUUAAUUCUGGAAGUGACAAGGCUAUACUUUGGUUUUAAAGGUAACCUGACUGAAGAGGAGGUUCCGAUUGUUACUAGCUUGGUCCUAACUAUUGGAAGUGUAAUGCUUUCUCUGUACUACUUGUUGUGGCAGACCUAUGUGCUGAAAGCAGAUGUAAUAAUAAAUGCAGCCCUCCUGAUAACCUAUGGCUUAGAGGGGAUUUUGGCCAUAAUUGCUGUUUCAGCUCUUACCAGGCUCUACACAUGAAGUGACUGGAAUGAUGCAUCUUUUCUUUGCGUCACCAAGACAUUUCCACCAUCAGGCGUUAUUUGCAGUUGUCAAUAGGACCAAAUCAACACUUUUGUUUUAAAAUUUAGCUUUUAUUUUUGAUGGGAAAUUUGGGUAAGUUUCUGCCUUGUAUGCCUAUCUUUUUGGAAGCUUGUUGCCAUGCAGAUGCCCCAUGUAGUCAAUGACUAAGAGACACCCAGACAGUAUUCUCCCCUUACUAUUGCUCAGACUGGGAGCUGAGCUUAUUGCGUGGAGUGAGUGUUGAACCUCUAUCUGCUCAAGCUUUGUGUUCUGCAAUGAAUGACAUCAUUAUGGUAACAGUUCAAUGAAAUGAUUUUUUGCACAAGGUUGAUUGUAAAUUUAGCCCUGGAGGGAAAUGGGAUUUCCUGAACAGGAAUAAUUUUCAAGUCUGAAGGAUGCUUGGAUUAUGAGAUAUAACAAUUUUAUAUAUAUUUGUACCACAAUAAAAUCAUUAAUAUGGACACAGGUCUAGAUUAAAUUUGUGGUUGUUCUAUGGUGAGAUGCAUUUUUCACAACUAUUUACCAACAGGAGAGAUGCAGUAGUGGAUACACAGAUUUUGUGCCAAGUCCCCUUAGAACUGUGGGUAGACAUCCAAUGUUGGAGUCCCUAUAUUCAAAUCUGGAUUGUAAUAAGAUGAAGCCCUAUUUACCAUAGCAGAGGGAAAAAUGAGAUAAUAAAUCAAAUAGAUUUCUCUUAUUGAUAACUUCACACUAAGUAAGUGUACUAAAGUGUUGCUUUAUAUACUAGCAAAUUUUUAGAUAGCACAAUUAGAGAGUUAGUGGUCAUUAUUGACUUAAAGGCAAACACUUUCUUGCCAAGAUAAUAAAAUGUGAGGCUGGAUGAACACAGCAGGCCAAGCAGCAUCUCAGGAGCACAAAAGCUGACGUUUCGGGCCUAGACCCUUCAUUUUUCAAUUAUGCAGAUCUGAUGGUGGCAAAGGCCUUUCAAUACCUGAACAGGUCUUUGUUAUAAACAUCUGGGCACAUACCUAGUUGGCUGUUCAAGUACAGCUAUGAUUAACUUUAGCCUUUUCAGUAUCUGGGUCUCAGUUACAAUUAGGAACAAGGGACUCGUUUCCCUUGUUCACAUACAAUAAAUAGAGGAUAUGCAUUUAAUACAAGGUUACAAAAAAACUGGAAAAUGGAAUGCAGUGGUAAUGUCCCUACGCCUGGACUAGGUUGAAGAUCCACCUGCGUAAGCGGUGUGUAAUAAAAUCUCUGAACAGAUUGAUUAGGUAAAAUAACUGGAUGGAAAGCUUUUUUUUUGGCCAGCAAAGAUGUGAAGGGCAAACAUCCUUGUGUGCCAUAACUUUUAAAAUGCAUUUGUAUGAUGUGGGUGCCAUUGGCUAAGCCAGAAUUUAUUGGCCCUCUCUAAAAGCCCUUGAAAAGGAGAUGAUGAGCAACUUUCCUGAACCUUGAAGUGGUUGGAGUGAAGGGACAUCCUCAGUGCAAAUGAGAGGAGGUUCCAGUUUUUUAACUCAGCAACAGUGAGGAACAGUACAAGUCCAAGCAUGGUGCAGUUGGUGGUGUUCCCGCAUAUCUGCUGAUCUUGACUUCUAAAGGCACAGGUUUGGAGCGUGCAGUUGGAGAAGGAAUAUAUGACGCUAUAAGUAAUUUGUGAUUGGAUGGUGGGUAAGGGGUGCUAUACCAAUGCCAAACAUUAAUCCCUUCUGAGAUUCGAUAACAGACCACAGGUGGAUCUCAAGUAGUUUAGUAAAUCGGGACGACAUCAUCCAUAUCUGCACCUAACCAAGGAGCUAGAAAAUUUCAGAUAAUAGCAAUCAGACCAUCUUUCAGAAAAUAAGCUUAUUUAUUUUCAAGAUACUAGCUUAAUUUUAUUUUUAUAUAUAUAAAGCUAUAUAGAGGUCCUGUUCGGUGACAGAUAUUGAGACAGAAAGCAAUCAGUUCCAACACGGAACUACUGAUAUUUCGAGGGGUGAAACUUUACUGUAUAAGAUCCCUCCAGCCCAGCACUCGGUAUAAAGAGACAGUGAUUCACUCACCUCAAAAAUCACUUAAUCACGAAUUAGGUAAUAUUUGAAAAUAGUAACCUUUGCUUAUUUUUACUACAGAUCAAUUAAAUAAAACCAUGGAGAAUCAGCAGUCCUCGUAUGGGCAAAAUAAUUCAAUUUUAAAUCUACUUCUCAAAUAGAUAAUCAAGAGCAGGCUGCCCAAUCCUCUGCUCCAUGUUGCGAUUUUUAGUGAACUCUUUCAGCAAAGUCAUUACUUCAUUAUCAAAUUCUGGAGGAGUUGGCUUGGUUUCUGUUUGAAUGAAGAAGAUAAAAACAGACAUAUUAGAGAUUCAGAUUUUCAAACUUCAAAUUGAACCAAUGCCCUCUUCAGUCUACAAGCUCCACAUUUCACAUGCUGAACAGAAAUAAAAUUGGGUCAUGUGCGCAGGGUGAAUUUUUUCCCUUUCCUGAAGACAUUCUUUUGGCUUUUGAUACUAUGGUCUUCAACAAUGCUUCAUUAUCUGAGAAAAUCUUUCAUUUGUGUGCUUAGACAAAGGGCAUCUAAUGUUACAAGGAGCUGGGUAAAGUUAUAAGACAAGCUACAAAUACAAAUUGGUGCAAUACUAAAUAUUGUUUUCUUUGAAUAUAAGAACUUGAAUAUCUUUAAUAGCUAAUUGUUAUGUCAUAGCCAGACAAAAAUAGUUUGAAUUGCAGCAAAUGACGAGUUAGCUAAUCUCAUCUGGUUUGAACUGUUAACAUUUGCUUCAGUGCUAGCUUUGAAUUCCCACUCCUUGGCACUUUGUCAUGUUUCUAAGUGUACAUUAUCAACAGUGGUAUCCUUUUUUCCCUUUGAGCAUUGAGACAGUAGACUAAUUAAUAUAUUAAUUUAUGCCCAAGUUAUCAGCCAGCAGUGCGGAGCAGAGCAGAGAUAUUUUGUUUUGUUCUGUACACAUUAAAACUACACCAGACCACAUUUAACCAAAGACCUGUUAGAGAUUGGAAAUAUCUUUUGCAGUAAUUUGAAACGUAAAAAAAUUCUGAAGCCAUCUAUUUACCUUAUAACGAUUAGCUUACCUGAAAAUUUGGGAUGGGGAUGGCAAAGAGUGACCAUAGUUGAAUAUGUACAUACCAGUUAUCCAGUAGUAAAUGUCCCAGUCAUUGGUUGGUUGAUUUAUUAAUUUAUCGUACAAGCUCAGCUGGUUCUCUGUCAUUUUGUUCAGAUAUUUUUUGGCAAAGAAACUGAAAUA